CACAGACUGAGGGAAAAGGCUUUUCUGACCCGCGUGAUUGGAAGCUAUCUUGCCGACUACUAUAGUUGCGCACCAGCUGCAACUUUUGUGCAAAUAUAUACCUCAGGGAUUGUAAUCCUAAUCACUGCUCCUUCUGAAAUAUUUUUCGCGACUCCUUACAUGCUCCUUCAAGUAAUUUUAUGAAAAUUGCGGUGAAUUUUGGCUGUGGUAAAAUUUCAUGAAAAUUGGGCCUCACUCGUUACCAGGCCUUUCGGCAUUAUACGCGGCUUUUCCUGUGCCGGGCAUUUCCCCCGCUAUAAGGCUUCUGGUUCCGUACUAUAAGACACACUCCUGGUACGCCAGACGACACAACCUCGAAGUUCUGGGAAGAAUCUGGACAAGAGACCGUUCGGAUGUUGCUAAGACCAGAAGUCGUCGACGUUCCAGCUAAGAACGUCAUCGUCUUUGUUGGAGACGGUAUGGGCCUUGCCACGGUCACAGCUGCCAGGAUAUACUCGGGACAAUUACAGAACAGAAGCGGCGAAGAGAACAUGCUGUCGUUCGACCAGUUUCCUUAUACAGCCUUCGUUAAGACCUACGCAGUGGACAAGCAGGUGGUGGACAGUGCUGCUUCUGCAACGGCCAUCUUUACAGGCGUGAAGACAAAUUUCGCCCUCCUCGGUCUCUCAGCUAAGGCCAACCUGUCAGAUUGUAACUCCUCCAUAGGAAACGACGUAUACUCUUUCAUGGCCAGAGCGCAGCUGAAAGACAAAGACACUGGUUUCGUGACUUCCACGCGCGUGACCCACGCAACCCCGGCUGCACUGUACAGCCAUUCAGCACACAGGGAGUGGGAAGCCGACAGCAAGAUGCCUGGCGAAGCCAGUAGGUGCAAGGACAUUGCUAGGCAACUCGUUGAAGACGCUCCUGGUAAUAAGUUCAAGGUAAUUCUAGGUGGUGGACUGCAAUAUUUGAAAUCGACAAGCAGCUCCCCGACUGGAAUUCGACAAGACGGCAGAGACCUGGUAAAAGAGUGGCUGAGCAGAAAUUCAAAAGCGAAAUUUGUUCGCACCGCCCAAGAGCUGGCCGGGGUAGACGUUAACUCGACGGACUAUCUAAUGGGUCUUUUUGCUGAUGACCACAUGGAAUAUGCACUGAAGCGCACAAUGGAUCAACCAUCAUUACCGCAGAUGGUGGAAACUGCAAUCCGAAUGUUGAAGAAGAACCCUAAUGGAUUCGCUCUAAUGGUGGAAGGUGGCCGCAUUGACCAUGGGCAUCAUGACAACCGUGCUAUCCUGGCCAUAGCCGAAGCGGAAGAGCUCAGCCGCGCUGUCCAUCUAGCACGAACCAUGACUUCUACGCGGGACACCUUGAUUCUAGUGACGGCGGAUCAUUCGCAUUCCUUCGUGCUUAGCGGGUACCCCGUGAGGGGGAACCCUAUCACAGGCACCGCAGGCACCGCUCUUGACAAUAUGACGUACACCUCGCUCGCUUACACAAAUGGUCCUUCCAAGAGUGUCCGAUCCGAGCAAGACUCCGAGCUCUCACAAUCUGUGGACUACCAGCAGCCCGUGCUAGUCCCUUUGGCGUCGGAAACCCACGGUGGCGAAGACGUUGCUCUCUACGCAUCCGGUCCAAUGGCACAUUUGGUCAGAGGAGUGAUUGAACAGAAUGCGAUAGCUCAUAUAAUUGACUAUGCUGCCUGUCUGGGGGACUCCAGCGAAAAAAUGUCGAGGUGCGAAGUUAAUAGUGCAACCGCUGCCGUUGUCAAUCACUUGGUAGUUCUUGUGCUUGCAACCUUGGCCAUUUUCUUCCAUUAGCCGCUUCUAUGUAUUAAAGCGAUGUACUAGAAUAUCACUUGCUCCCUUGUCUGCCACAACUGGAAUUAUCGUUGGCGUU